AUGGCGAAGCUGACUGACCUUCCUCCCGAGAUAAUUCGCAUAUUUAUCAAGAUUCUUCGACCUCGAUUUGAUGGCAAGCUGUUAGUCGCGACAGGCCAUGAGAAAGCAUCGGCAGGAGAUUACUACGACACUACAUUCGCCGUCAGCGACCUUCUUCACGAAAACAGUCAGAAGCGCCACGCUUUAGCGAGCUUUGCCCUUUCUCAUAGGGCGUUUGGUCGAGCUUCAGUUGAGCAGAUCCAUAGCAUUGCCGGAAUUCACAAUCUUCCCGAGAGCACAGGGUUGAAGAGGAUGACAUCCCUUCUCCAACUCAUCGACCGCAACAACACUGUGCGCACUUCUAUCCGACAUCUCUACAUCCACACAGAAUAUCCAACUUCGAGAAGGGAUGUCAUGGAUUUUAAUGAAGAGGAGGUGGCUACGCUGCUGCAACCAUUCGCGCCCGCGGGCCUUAACCUGCCUUGCCAUGAUUCAAGCGCUUUUGACCCGCUGCGCACUUACCUCGGUUACUGUGUUGCCUUCAUUCUUAUUCGCCUUCCAAGUCUCCAGGAGCUCAAACUUAGUGUGUCGCUAUCAACGCUGCGAAUGCUGAUCCGGGUUCUCUCGAUCGCUCGAACUCACCAACAUCCCUAUUGA